AAUGGCGUGCACAGGCUGUAACUUGGGAGUCUUUGUACACUGCCUCUGCUGCAUGCGGCGGCUCAGACAUGGAGAUUCUCUGUGAAGAGAACACUUCUUUGAGCUCCACAACCAACUCUUUAAUCCAAUUAAGUUAUGACACCAGGUUCUACCAGAAAGACUUCACCUCCGGAGAAGCCAACAUGUCUGAGGCGUUUAACUGGACGGUGGACUCUGAGAACCGCACCAACCUUUCCUGCGAAGGGUGCCUCUCGCCGCCCUGCUUCCCCUUCCUCCACCUGCAGGAGAAAAACUGGUCAGCCUUGUUGACGGCCGUAGUGAUCAUCCUCACCAUUGCCGGGAACAUCCUUGUCAUCAUGGCAGUGUCCCUAGAGAAAAAGCUGCAGAACGCCACCAACUACUUCUUGAUGUCACUUGCCAUCGCUGACAUGCUGCUGGGUUUCCUAGUCAUGCCCGUGUCCAUGUUAACCAUCCUGUACGGGUACAGGUGGCCUCUGCCCAGCAAGCUGUGUGCUGUCUGGAUUUACCUGGACGUGCUCUUCUCCACGGCCUCCAUCAUGCACCUCUGUGCCAUCUCGCUUGACCGCUAUGUGGCCAUCCAGAAUCCCAUUCACCACAGCCGCUUCAACUCCAGAACAAAGGCCUUUCUGAAAAUCAUCGCCGUUUGGACCAUCUCUGUAGGUAUAUCCAUGCCAAUACCAGUCUUUGGGCUACAGGAUGACUCCAAGGUCUUCAAAGAGGGGAGUUGCUUACUUGCUGAUGACAACUUUGUCCUGAUUGGCUCUUUUGUGGCAUUUUUCAUCCCCUUGACUAUCAUGGUGAUCACCUACUUUCUAACUAUCAAGUCACUCCAGAAAGAAGCUACACUGUGUGUGAGUGAUCCUGGCACGCGAGCCAAAUUAGCUUCUUUCAGCUUCCUCCCUCAGAGUUCCUUGUCUUCAGAAAAGCUUUUCCAGAGGUCCAUCCACAGGGAGCCAGGGUCCUACACAGGUCGGAGGACGAUGCAGUCCAUCAGCAAUGAGCAGAAGGCUUGCAAGGUGUUGGGUAUCGUUUUCUUCCUGUUUGUGGUGAUGUGGUGUCCCUUCUUUAUCACCAACAUUAUGGCUGUCAUCUGUAAAGAAUCCUGCAACGAGGAUGUCAUCACAGCCCUGCUCAACGUGUUUGUCUGGAUCGGAUACCUCUCCUCAGCUGUAAACCCGCUGGUCUACACCCUGUUCAACAAGACCUACCGGUCAGCCUUUUCACGGUACAUCCAGUGUCAGUACAAGGAAAACAAAAAACCACUGCAGUUAAUUCUAGUGAACACUAUACCGGCCUUAGCCUACAAGUCAAGUCAACUCCAGAUGGGACAAAAAAAGAAUUCCAAAAAAGAUGCCAAGACAACAGAUGAUGACUGUACUAUGGUGGCUCUAGGGAAGCAGCAUUCAGAUGAUGCUUCUACAGACAAUAUCGACACAGUGAAUGAAAAGGUUAGCUGUGUGUGAUAGACUAGUUGCCAUGGCAAUGGUAGAGGACAUGCUGAGCAAAUUUUCACCUUCCUGGGGGGAAAAAAAGUAUUAUGGAGACUGGAAAAAAAAUUAGGCCAGUCUAAUGGAACCAACAAUAAUAUCUGUAUUCCUCAUUUUAUUCUGUCAAUGAGAAGCAGGGUUAAAUGCCACAAAUGUGCACUGCAAACAUGUUCUGGCAGCAUUUCUGCUGUGAGCUUUAUGAUACUUAUUUUUAACAUUGUAAAUGAUAUACCUUUAAAGUAAUUAGCUUUUAUUGUAUAAUUGUAAUGAGGUCCUGAAUAAAUCUCAAUUAACUUUCAUUGUCACAUGGAAA